UAGGAUUUAUUGUGAUCAAUGCAGCUGAAGCAUCUUAGGACACUUCUUGCUCCUCAAGAUGGCCCAUCUAAAGUGACAGCUCUCGCUUGGGCUCCUAAUAACAGCAAACUAGCAGUGUGUACUGUGGAUAGGAUUGUACUCCUCUUUGAUGAGCAUGGGGAGAAGAGAGACAAGUUUUCAACAAAGCCUGCCAACCCUGACUUAGGUAAGAAGUGCUAUCAGGUUACUGGUCUAGUAUUCUCACCAGACUCCACUAAGAUUGUUGUUGGACAGUCUGACAAUAUCAUAUUCGUCUAUAAGAUAGGAGAGCAAUGGGGAGAUAAGAAAGUCAUUUGCAACAAAAUCAUAUUACAAAGUGCUGUCACUACCCUUAUAUGGCCUAUACAGCAGCCAACCUUUAUAUUUGGUUUAGCUGAUGGUAAAGUGAAGCUUGGUAAUGUAAAGGGAAGCAAGUCACAGACCAUUUAUUCAUCAGAAUCUUAUGUGGUAUCACUCACUUCAAGUCCUUCAGGUCAAGGUAUCUUGUGUGGUCAUGCUGAUGGUACUAUUGUGAGAUACACUUUUGAUAAUGACAGUGAACUGAGCAAGGGUCCAGUUUGCAAGCACAGUUGUUCUCCUUAUGCUCUCUCCUGGUCAUUGACUAGUAUUGUUGCUGCUGGAUGUGACAGGAGAGUUAUGGUAUACAACCACUCUGGUAAGCCUAUCCAACAGUUUGACUAUUCAAAGGAAGAAGAUGAGAAAGAGUUUAUGUGUUCAGCAACAUCUCCUAGUGGACAGACUGUUGUACUGGGGAGCUUCAACAGACUGAGGGUGUACAACUGGUCUCCUCGUAAGGAGAUGUGGGAUGAAGCAACUCCUAAGUUUAUUGACAAUCUUUACACCAUCACUGCACUCACUUGGAAGAGAGAUGGAUCAAGAUUAACAUCUGGUUCAUUGUGUGGAGCUGUUGAUUUGUUUGAUUGCUGUCUUAGACGUGUCACUUAUCGUAAUAAAUUUGAACUAACUUAUGUUGGACCCAGUCAGGUGAUAGUAAAGAAUAUUGGUACUGGUGCUCGUGUGAUACUAAAGUCACAGUUUGACUAUGAGAUAGAGAAGGUUGAUGUCAUGGGCAAGGACAGGUACCUAGUGGCCUACACCUCAUCUACCAUACUCCUGGGAGACAUGGCCAACUGUAAACUCAGUGAGAUCAUGUGGUCUGAUACUGGUGGCAAUGAGAAGUUUUAUUUUGAGAAUCAAUCAGUUUGUAUGAUAUUCAAUGCUGGAGAGCUCACACUGGUAGAGUAUGGUAUCAACGAUAUAUUGGGAUCUGUCAGAACUGAAGUUAUGAACCCUCACCUCAUUAGUGUCCGUAUUAAUGAAAGGAAGCAGAAAGACAUUGAACAGUGUAAGAUGUUGGCAUAUCUAAUGGACCUUCAAACAAUCAGCAUCAUGGAUCUUAGUUCAGGAGUCACUGUUGGCAGUGUGUCACAUGAUACUAGAAUCAAUUGGCUUGAGUUGAAUGAAACUGGUCGCAAGUUACUUUUUCGUGACAAGAAGCUAAAAUUGAAUUUAUAUGAUGUUGAGUCUGAGACUUUGAGUCCCUUGCUGUCUUACUGCUCUUUUGUGCAGUGGGUCCCUCAGAGUGAUGUUGUUGUGGCUCAGAACAGAGACAGUCUCUGUAUCUGGUAUAACAUUGAUAGUCCUGACAAGGUGACAAUGUUCCCAAUGAAAGGAGAGGUGACUGGGAUUGAGAAGCAAGGAGGGCAGACUCAAGUUAUAGUUCAGUCUGGAGUAGAGACCAUGUCUUAUGGACUGGAUGAGGGACUCAUUGAGUUUGGAACUGCUAUAGAUGAUGGUGAUCAUUUGAGGGCUAUUCAUUUCCUUGAGACACUUGAACUCACUAAAGAAGUUGAGGCAAUGUGGAACACAUUAGCUGGUAUUACACUCCAGGAGGGACAACUGAAGAUGGCAGAACGGUGUUAUGCUGCUGUUCGUGACGUGUCUAAGGCCAGGUACUUGAAAGAUGUUAAUCAAUUAGCAAACAAAAUAACAACUGAAACUGGUCAUGAUGGCAGUAAGCAUUAUUUAAUUCAGGCUAAAGUUGCUAUACUGAACAAGCAGUUCAAGACAGCAGAGAGACUCCUACUGGAGAAAGGUGAUUCAGAGAAUGCCAUGGAAAUGUACAUGGAGCUGGGAAGAUGGGAAGACGUACUAGCAGUGGCUGAACUUACUGGUCAUCCUGAUCUUGAUGGUUUGAAAGCUUCUCAUCUCCAGUGGUUGCUUGAUUCAGGACAGGAGGAGAGAGCUGGUGAGAUGAGAGAGAAAGAAGGUGACCUUCAUUCUGCUGUCAACCUCUACAUUAAAGCUGGUUUACCUGCUAAAGCUGCCAGACUAGUUACACAGCAUCCAGAGUUGAGUGGCCAGUUGGAUCUGUUGCAGCAGUUAGCCUCAUCGCUGAUAAGAGGUGGGCUCUUUGAAAGAGCUGGUGAGUUGUUGGAACAAGCUCGUCUCUAUCAAGAGGCAAUGGAGGCCUAUAGGAGAGGAGGAGCAUUCCGUAAAGCAAUAGAACUGGCCCGAGGUGCGUUCCCUAAUGAGGUGGUAUCACUGGAGGAGCAGUGGGGGGAUCAGCUCUGCUCACAGAAACAGUAUGAAUCAGCUAUACUACACUUUAUUGAAUCAGGGAAUGUCAUGAAGGCUAUAGAGGCAGCUAUACACGGGAGGCAAUGGAGCAAAGCAGUUCAAAUUGUAGAGACACAAGAUCCAUCAGCCACUGAAGAGUAUCACAAGCAGAUUGCUGACCAUUAUGCAUCAAUCAAGAACUAUGAGCUAGCUGAAAGCUUAUAUGUGAGAAGUGGUCAGUUCAAAGCAGCAGUGGAGAUGUACAUCAAGUCCGACCAGUGGGAGCCAGCAUACAGGAUUGCUGUGGACUGCAUGGGAAGUGAUGAAGUUCACGGACUCUAUUUAGCUAAAGCAGAAGAGCUUGAGACUCAAGGGAGACUGAGAGAGGCUGAGAGACUCUAUAUACUAGUGAAGGAACCUGAUCUGGCCAUUAGCAUGUAUAAUAAGUGUAAACAGUAUGAGCCAAUGAUGAAACUAGUUGCUACAUAUCAUCCUGACAUACUACCUGAUACACACUUACACCUGGCUAAGGAGUUGGAAGCUGAUAAGCAGUACAGGCAAGCUGAGAACCAUUAUGUUCAAGGGAAUGAAUGGAAGUCGGCAGUUAAUAUGUACAGGACUCACAGCCUAUGGGAUGAUGCUUAUAGAGUUGCAAAAGCUCAUGGCGGCAGUAAUGCUGCUAAUCAAGUAGCUUAUCUCUGGGCUAAGAGUUUAGGUGGUGAUUCUGCCGUCAAGUUAUUGUCAAAGUUUGGUCUCCUUGAAGCUGCUGUUGAUUAUGCGACUGAAAACUAUUCAUUUGAUUUUGCUUUUGAGAUAGCAAAGGCUGCUUUAAAGUCAAAAGUGCCUGAAAUUCAUUUAAAAUAUGCAAUAUAUCUUGAGGAUGAGGGUAAAUUCAGUGAAGCUGAGUUGGCAUUUAUUAGAGCUGGAAAACCAAAAGAAGCUGUUCUUAUGUAUGUUCAUCAGCAAGACUGGGAUGCAGCUCAGCAUGUAGCUGAGGAGCACUCACCCGAGAGUGUACCUGAUGUACUCAUUGGGCAGGCUAGGGUGGCUUUCCAGAAGAAGGACUAUCAAAAAGCUGAGAGUUAUUUAUUGAGAGCUGAUCGUCCUGACUUAGUGGUAUCUCAGUAUAAGGAUGCUGAAAUGUGGAAUGAUGCUCUGAGGAUUAUUAAAGAAUACCUGCCUCAUAAACUUGAUGAGUUUCAAAGGGAAAUGGCUGCCAGGAGUGGAAAGAAUUAUCAGGAUCUUCUCUCUCAAGCAAAGACAUGGGAGAGCAGUGGAGAGUACAGCAGGGCCAUCAGUACCUACCUGCUACUAACAGUACAGAACUGUGAGAAUCAGGAUAUACUGAUACAGAGCUGGAACAAAGCUGUUGAUUUGUGUGUUAAGUUUGCUCGUGAAAAAGAAGCUGAUGUGGUGAAGCUUGUCUGCGAUAGACUAGCUAACAUUAAUCGCUACAGUGAGGCUGGUGAGCUAUUUAUUAGUUCUGAUAUGAUAAAGGAAGGAAUUGAUAUGUUCAUAUCUGGAGAAGAAUGGGAGAAAGCUAGACAUGUAGCAAAAACUAUAGCACCAAGGUUUGAGCAGUAUGUUGAAGAAGCUUAUAUUGAUUUCUUAAAAGAGAGGAACAGACCAGAAGAGAUGCAGCGUGUUGAUCCUGAUGGUGCCCUUAAGAUGUACAUGCAGUCAGGAGAAUGGGACAAAUGCUUACAACUAGCCAAGGAACUGGGUCCCAGUGUAUUAUUCAAAUAUGUGGCAUUAUAUGCAGCUCAUCUGAUAAAGUCCAAUGCUUCAUUGUCAGCUCUUAAACUCUUCACUACAUAUGGGGCUCCUCCUUUACCUCAGAACUUUAACAUAUACAAGAGGCUCUGCAUGGAAGUGUUUGGAGAGAAUCUUGAAGGAGGGACAGCUUAUCCAACCUACUCUAGUCUCAGGAAUAUGUUAUUCUCUAUUGUUGAUGAGCUAUCACGUACAUCAGAGUCUGGCAGUUUGAGUUGUAGAGAAUUUGAGCAAUAUCUAUUGGUAUCACAUUAUCUUGCUACUCGAUCAGCUUGCAGUAGAGUACCACAGCUGAAUGGUAUAGUUGCUAAGAUAUCAGUAUCACUCCUACGACACACUGAUGUCAUACCUGCUGAUAGAGCUUUCUAUCAAGCUGGGAUGUACUGUAAGGCAGUUGGAUUGGAAAGCAUGGCAUUUAUAUUCUAUAACAGAUUCCUGGAUCUCAGCGAAGCUAUUGAAGAAGGUUCAUUGGAUAUGAUUGAUAACAGUGAUUUUGUUGAUACUGAUAUUCCAUUUGAAGUACCACUGCCAGAACAACCUUUCAUGACAGAGGAUAAACGAGAAGAGAUUAAGGAAUGGGUACUGGCCCUCUCCAUGGACAGACAGGUGGAGCAAACACUACCACUUGAUGAUGAGAGACAGACUUAUGUUGCAUCACUGACAUCACCUCAUACUGGAGUCACUUCAUUACCUUGCAUUGUAACAGGUUAUCCAGUAUUGAAGCAAAAGGUUGAGUUUAAACGAGGUGGGAGGUGUGCUAACAAAGGGGACUGGACCAAGUUUGUUAUGAAUACAAAGGCAUCUCAAAAUGAAGAGUGCUUGGAUGUUGUUCAUUUUAUAACCAAGUGGUGCGGUCAACCUCUUAAUCCAGCUCACACGUUCUAAGACAUAAAAGUUUACUAUAGUAAAUGGUGCAUAUCCCAUUAGCAGAUACAUCACUUAAUAUUAUUUUAUCAAAAAAAGUUUUUUAAAACAUUGCAGC